UUAUUAUUCGUCGAAUAUCAAUGAGGAUCAGAACACAACCAGUCCUCGUGUGAUUUGAGCCACAAGGGAGUUGGUAGUACUUUGAAUUUACGAUUUGUAUCAGUUGUUGACCGAAGUUCUUGCAGGAACUUCAGCACCUAAGCCGCACUGCCAGAACGAUGAUCUCUCGAUGGUUAUUUGUGGGUUUAUUCCUAGCAUGUCUGGUUUUUGUUGUAUCUGCACAAAGAAGGAGAUAUAAUGACCUUCCUCCAGGACCAUACUGCAAAAGCAGAGGAUGUUGUCCUGGAAGGCAAGACGAAUGCGCAGCUCCUAUAUUAGGCACUUUAUGUUAUUGUGAUGAAUUCUGCAAUCAGACUAGGGUGGAGGACUGCUGUCCUGAUUACUGGUCAGAAUGUCUAGGUAUUGAACCCGAGCCAGUGCCAACCACUCCUCCCCCUGGCGAAUUCAAAACUUGCACCUACGAAGGAAGAAACUAUGGCCUUGGCCAAACAGUGAAAAAGAAUUGCAACAUAUGUAAAUGCGAACAGAUAGGAAACACAGUGGAAUUCUUAUGUGAAAGGAAUCACUGUCUUAUGAAUACUCUCCUGAUCGAGACAGUUAAUAGAGAAAGGAACUAUGGAUGGACAGCAACAAAUUACAGUAAAUUCUGGGGAAAAACUUUGGAAGAAGGUAUUGCAACAAGAUUAGGAACUCUUCAACCCGAAAGAUUCGUAAUGAAUAUGAAUCCGGUGAGGAAGAUUUAUAAUCCUGACAUUCUACCUAGACAGUUCGAUUCAACGAUCGAAUGGCCUAACUAUAUUAGCAAAAUACAAGAUCAGGGAGAUUGUGCGGCAUCUUGGGCUAUUUCUACUGCAGCUGUUGCAUCCGAUAGAUUUGGAAUACUGUCCAAAGGUCAGGAAAUUGUCAAACUCAGCGCACAGGAGCUCAUCUCCUGCGAUAAGAGGGGUCAACAGACCCAAAAUUGCAAGGGUGGCUAUUUGGACAGAGCUUGGGCUUUCAUCAAGCAUCGUGGUCUCGUUGACGAAGACUGCUUCCCCUACGAAGGUUACGACAAGGAAUGUGCUAUUGAUAUUUUCGGAGAUCUCAGAGCUAACGGAUGCAGGAUUCCUGCGAAUAGUCAAAGGACAUCGAAAUAUGUAACUGCGCCUGCGUACAGACUAGGAAACGAAACCGAUAUCAUGUACGAAAUCAUGGUUUCUGGACCUGUUCAAGCAACCAUGUUGGUCAAUAACGAUUUCUUCAGUUAUGUAGGUGGUAUCUAUGAAAAGACCGAUAUAAUUGAGAGCCAUAAGAAGGGAUUCUUAUCGGUCAGAAUCGUUGGAUGGGGAGAGGAAUAUACAAAUAAAGGAUAUAUGAAAUACUGGAAAGUGGCAAAUAGCUGGGGUCGCGAUUGGGGUGAAGAUGGAUACUUCAGAAUCGUAAGAGGAAGGGACGAAUCCGAAAUAGAAUCCUUUGUAAUCGCUGCCUGGCCAGAGAUAGCAAGAAGGAGAUAUCCAUCUCUCCCUGUACCUCAGACGCCGGACGUUUUCAAGUGAGGAUCUGAGCAGAGGAAACAACUUUCAUAAAGUUGAAGAAAUAUUUUCCGAUAUUAACGCAAUUGUUAGGUUAGGGUUUGAUUGAAUACGAUGAGAAAAAGCUUUUCCAAUUUUUGUUACAUAAUAAAUGGUAUUGAUUCGA